CCUGAACUAUAAGUACGCAUGCGCAUUCGGUAAAACGCCUAAUCGUUCUUUCUUUCCAAAGUAGAUAAUGGCGGACCAGAGUGAGAGAGCUUUCCAAAAGCAGCCAACGGUUUUUCUGAACCGAAAACCCACUCUUGCAAAGCAGAAAUCAAAGAAGUCUCUGAGAUACGUAAAAAAUGUUGGAUUAGGCUUUAAAACACCAAAGGAGGCACUCACUGGAACAUACAUAGAUAAGAAGUGUCCUUUCACUGGGAAUGUGAGUAUUCGAGGGCGAAUUCUUCGUGGAGUGGUGAUUAAAAUGAAAAUGCAGCGAACAAUUGUAAUCAGAAGGGACUAUCUUCAUUAUGUACGGAAGUACAAUCGUUUCGAAAAAAGACAUAAAAACAUGUCUGUUCACUUAUCUCCUUGCUUUAGGGAUGUGGCUAUAGGAGAUGUUGUUACCGUAGGGGAGUGUCGGCCUCUUAGCAAGACUGUGAGGUUCAAUGUUCUCAAGGUUACUAAAGCAUCUGGAGCAAAGAAAGGAUUCCAGAAAUUUUAAGAGCUGUUUGUAUCCAUGUUAAAGAGGAAAUAAAAAGUCAAAAUAUGUAA